UUUCCCUCUCCGUUUCUCUUUAUAAAUUUUCUCGUGUGAAAGAGGAAAAAAAAAAAAGCGAAACUUAAAGAUUGCCGAGAGGACACGUUGUCUCCGCGAGACUUGACUCUUCUUCUUCAUCUUCUGGUUCUAAAAUUUUGUAUACUUUUCCUUCUAAUGGCGGAGGUAAUCAGCAAAACGAGUUUGUUCUUCGGAGGAGGAGCUUGCGUGAAUCACCACCACCACCACGUAGAUGACUUGUCUGUCUCACCGGUGAGUUUCGGUUUCAAAAAGAGUUUCUCUUCUUCUCUCAAGCAGAAGCCUCUUAGAAGCGACUUCUCUGGAAAACAGAUCCUAGAGACCUUCAACAGGAGCUUCCGAUCAUCAUCCGUCACCGCUCAGUCGACGCUGAGGAUUGGGACAGCUCACAAGUGGUGGGAGAAAGGCUCUCAAGAGAACAUGAGAGAGAUCUCUUCGGCGCAAGACCUCGUCGACUCUCUCGCCGACGCUGGCGAUAAGCUCGUCGUGGUUGACUUCUUCUCCCCUGGCUGCGGGGGAUGCAAGGCUCUGCAUCCUAAGAUGUGCCAGCUGGCGGAGCAGAGCCCUGAUGUGCAGUUUCUUCAGGUGAAUUACGAGGAGCACAAGUCCAUGUGUUACAGUCUCGGUGUCCAUGUCCUUCCCUUUUUUCGAUUUUAUCGAGGCGCUCAGGGUCGUGUCUGUAGCUUUAGCUGUACCAAUGCUACGAUAAAGAAAUUUAGAGACGCGUUGGCGAAGCAUAGUCCGGAUAGGUGCAGCCUUGGACCAACCAAGGGGCUUGAAGAGAAAGAGCUUGUGGCGCUUGCAGCUAAUAAAGAACUUAACUUUAGUUACACGCCGAAGGUUGUACCUGUUGAGAAAGAAGCAGCUAUUCCCACUGCAAACCCGGCACUCCCUGUUCCUCAUCCGUCGAUGAGUGGCAGUGAGGAGAAGACGUUGGUCUCUGCAGGGAGGUGAUGAUAUGGUGCUGAGAGCGAAUAAACAUUUUUCUGUACAGUUUGGGUGAUAGUAGUUACUAGCAACUGAAUAUGUAUUGCAGUUGUCUGUUCUUGGAGCAGCCGGUUUAAUGGGGUUUAGUUUUUUU